CCACCUAUAUGGAGCAUGCCACGAGAUAGCCAAAAUCCCCUGAAUGCUGCUCCACCACCAGGAGCUCGCAGCCGCCGCCCCCGGGAUCCCCGCUCGGGGAGCGCCCGGGCCGCGCCCCCGUCCCUCCCUCCCCGCCCGGCCGCGGGUGCCGCCCCUCGGGCGCGGGCUGAUGAGGCGCCGUGCGCGCCGGGCCCGCUGUUCCCUCCCUCUCUGCUCCUUUCCCUGCUCGUCCCCCCGCCUGCCGUGCUCGCUGCCAUGCUGCUGCCCUGCGUGCGGAGCGUGGCUGCGCGCCGCCUCGCCCGGGACGUGCCCCGAGCCUGCAGCUGCUGGGCGCAGGGCCCCUCGCCGCGGGGCUACAGCCGCGGCGCGGCCGGCAAGGGUCUUGUUCUGGGAGUCUACUCCAGUGAAAAGGAGGAUGGUGCUGCCCAGUUCACUAGUGCAGGAGAUGCUUUUGAUAGGCUGGUGUCUGGAAAGCUGAGAGCGCUUCUGUCCCUGUGCGGGCCACCUUUGAAGAAAGGCAAAACACGUAUAUUUCAUGGUUUGCAUCAGGACUUUCCAAGUGUGGUGGUAGUUGGCUUGGGUAAGAAGAAUGCUGGAAUAAAUGAACAAGAAAACUGGAAUGAAGGCAAAGAAAAUAUUCGUACAGCUGUUGCAGUUGGCUGCAGGCAGAUCCAGGACCUGGAGAUCCCUUGUGUGGAGAUAGACCCCUGUGGAGAUGCACAAGCAGCUGCAGAAGGUGCUGUCCUUGGAUUGCAUGAAUAUAAUGAGCUGAAGCAAAAAAAGAAGCCUGUAGUUACUCCUCAGCUUCACGGAAGUGCUGAAAGUGAGGCCUGGCAAAAAGGUGUUACCUACGCUGAGGGGCAGAACCUUGCCCGGUACCUUAUGGAGGCUCCAGCUAAUUAUAUAACUCCAAUCAAAUUCGCUGAACAUAUUGAACAGAAGCUCAGAAGUUUCAGCAAUGUAAAGGUCCACAUCAGACCGGAGUCUUGGAUAACAACACAAGAGAUGGGAGCAUUCCUGAGUGUAGCUAAGGGUUCAGCUGAACCUCCCAUCUUUCUGGAGAUUCACUAUUCAGGGAGUGCCAAUACAGAUGACUCCCCGUUGGUAUUUGUAGGAAAAGGAGUUACUUUUGACAGCGGUGGCAUUUCACUGAAGCCGUCAUCGGGCAUGGAUGCGAUGAGAGCAGACAUGGGAGGGGCAGCGACUGUCUGUUCAGCCAUUGUGACAGCAGCAGCUCUACAUCUGCCUUUGAACAUAAUUGGUUUGGCACCCCUCUGUGAAAAUAUGCCCAGUGGUAAGGCAAACAAGCCUGGGGAUGUAGUUAGAGCCAAGAAUGGAAAAACAAUACAGGUAGAUAACACAGAUGCAGAAGGAAGACUGCUGUUAGCUGAUGCCCUCUGUUAUGCCCACAAUUUUAAUGCAAGGGCUAUUGUGAAUGCUGCAACAUUAACAGGUGCCAUGGAUGUUGCAUUGGGAUCUGCUGCGACUGGAGUGUUCACAAAUUCAUCUUGGCUUUGGACUCACCUCUAUGAAGCCAGCAUUUUGACAGGGGACAGAGUUUGGAGGAUGCCUCUUUUUGAGCAUUACACAAAACAAGUCACAGACUGUCCUCUUGCAGAUGUGAGUAACAUUGGAAAGUACAGCAGAGCUGGAGGAGCAUGCACAGCUGCUGCAUUCCUGAAGGAGUUUGUGACUGCCUCUCACUGGGCUCAUUUGGACAUAGCUGGGGUGAUGUCAAAUAAAGAUGAGGUGCCGUACCUGAGGAAGGGCAUGGCAGGGCGGCCCACGAGAACGCUCGUAGAGUUUGCGGCUCGAUUAAGCAAAGACAGUCACAAUGCCAAAUAAAAAUACUUCCUUCUACAAUCAUCCACUCUGCCUUAAGAAAAAAAAAUCUCUAAAAGUAUCAUUCAUAAAUGAAUGCUCCAAGCAUAUUUUCACUAUGGCAAUUAACUGAAAAUGCAUUUUAUAAAUUUUUACUUGGGUAAGAAUAUCUCAACUUUGAGAUUGGCCAUGCUGUACCAUAUUAUGCAGCUUAAAAUAAAAAUUCCUGGUUUAACUGUUGAAAUAUUUAAUACCGAAACAUGAUAAUGGAAAUACUGAGAUGCCUAUUUUAUAUGUAAAGUAGGCAUAAAUAUUGUAAACAAUAAAUACAUUAUUUGGA